CACGAUGUCAGUUACAUGAGUGAACACUUACCGCAUGAUAUUGAAGAAAAAUACAUUUUUGGUUGCUUUGGGGAGGCGAUGGAGUGUGUAGCAUAUGGGUGUGGGUGAGGUGUGACAUAUACGACAUAAGCAUCGCCAGAGACAGACCAUCCGAGAGACUGCGCUGGGCGUUUGCAAAGCUGUCCAUCAGUGCACAUCGCAAUUGCGCAAUAAGGGGAUGUUGUGCGAGCAGUGGCAAGAAAUAAAUAGUUAGAAACUUAGUGCACCACACAUGCAGGGGUGUGUCUGUUUGUAAUCACCCGUCCCUGGAGACAUUGGGUUCAGCACAUCGAGGAUACUUGGAUGUCCCUUCUUGUGACUCUCCAUAGUGAGCCGGCUGUAUCGUUACAUGGAGACACGAGGAGGACAACGAUGAAUAACCGUGGAACUGUGUCGGAUGUUUGCUUGUUGGACCGCGUAGUUCCAGCACGAUGCUAUAUGUAAUUUGUUUCAGAAGCUGGACGGUGGAUACAAUUGUCAAAAGUGCGGAUAUUUGAGCGGGACGCACGCACAAUGCACAUUGCGGACAUGGCGGUCUCUGUGUUUGUAGUACUGAUCAUCGCCGUCUCGUUUCUGUCCAACGUGGUGGUACUGAUCUGCUUUCUGUACAACCAGGAGAUUCGAAAGCAGGUGCCCGGGUUGUUUAUCCUCAACCUAACCGUCUGCAACCUGUUGCUCACCGUGUCCAAUAUGCCUCUAACUCUGGUCGGACUUAUCAACAAAGGAAACACUGGAGGCAGCGGGUUCUGUCAAACUGUGGGUUUCCUGGACACUUUUCUCACCACCAACACAAUGCUCAGUAUGGGGGCUUUGAGCAUCGAUCGAUGGGUGGCAGUGGUUUUUCCGCUGAGCUACCACUCCAGAGUACGACACCGGGACGCAGUGAUAGGGCUUGGAUACACGUGGAUGCACUCGCUCUCCUUCUCCACGGUGGCCACUUGCUCUUCCUGGGUUGGGUACCAUCACCUUUACGCAUCAUGUACGCUCUGCAAUGCGAGAGCAAGCGGCUCCCGGACGCAGUUUAUCAUCUACACUGUGGUUUUACACUCUCUCACUUUUCUCUUGACCUUAAUCGUGUUGUGUGUAACGUACCUGAAAGUGCUGAAAGUUGCGAGGUUUCACUGUAAACGCAUCGACGUGAUCACUAUGCAGACCUUAUUGCUGCUUGUGGAUAUUCACCCGAGUGUGCGCCAGCGAUGCCUGGAUGAGCAGAGACAGCGGAGGCAGAGAGCCACCAAGAAGAUCAUCACAUUCAUUGGAACGUUUGUGGUGUGCUUCGCCCCUUACGUCAUCACGAGAAUCUUCGAGCUCUUCACGCUAGGACAGAUAAACCCUCACUGGGGUGUCUUGUCUAAGUGUUUGGCCUACAGCAAGGCAGCCUGCGACCCUUUUGUCUACUCACUGCUCCGGAACCAGUACAGGAAGACAUGCAGCGACCUGACCAACAAGAUCCUGAAGAGAAGUUCCUUUAACUCCUCCGCCCGCAUGGUGGAGAACGGCAGGGCCAACGACACCAACAACAUCAAACCCACCCAUUGA